CCUCAACGCGGAAAUGGUAUCAACCAAAAGGCAAUGUGCGGCCGAAUGCCGUACUAGAAUCAACAAUAAAACCAAAACAACUCACCGCUCUCCCCUGCCGAUCUAUUCGUCGUCGCCUUCGCCGCCGCAUCCGCCGGGAUAAACGAAGGGAUAGCCUGGAGGUUAACGGAAGGAAAGACUGAAGGAGACUUGUAUUUUCUAACUGGUUCACUUGGCCAUUGCUCAGAGUGACGGUGGACACAGAGAGAGAGAGAGAGAGAGAUGCUGAAACGGAGAAGGAGAGCAGUGGUGGUGCUCAGGAAGUUGCUAACCUUCGCUAUAUGCUUUAUAGGCUUACUAGCGCUGCUUUCUGUUCAUCUUCACUUUUUCCCGUCCUCCCAAGUCCCUGGCUUCUCCGAUUCCCACAAGCUUCCUGCGCAACGUGAAUUCAAACACCAGAGGUUGAGCACCGAGAAUAGCUGGACUCAAGAGAUUGUUCCCCUCCAUCUGUCUAAAGCUCCUGUUGCUUCUCGCAAGUUGGGCAGUGCAAACUUGGUUCCGGGUCUGGACAAGCUAUGGAAGCCCCCAUCAAACCGCGACUUUUUACCAUGUGUGGAGCCCAGUGUCAAUUAUACACCACCUAUGGAGUCAAGAGGUUACCUUCUAGUUCAUACAAAUGGGGGACUCAAUCAAAUGCGUGCUGGGAUAUGUGACAUGGUAGCUGUUGCUCGAAUCAUUAAUGCUACACUUGUAAUUCCAGAACUUGAUAAACAAUCGUUUUGGCAGGACACUAGCAACUUCUCGGAUGUUUUUGAUGAAGAUCAUUUUAUAUCCGCUCUUGCUAAGGAUAUAAAAGUGAUUAAAAAGCUUCCUAAAGAAUUGGCUUCUGCUACAAAGGUAGUUAGGCAUUUUAGAAGUUGGUCAGGUAUGGAUUACUACGAGGAGGAAAUUGCUACCCUUUGGGAAGAAUAUCAGGUUAUUCGAGCUGCAAAAUCUGAUUCACGGUUAGCAAACAAUAAUCUACCUUUAGAUAUUCAGAGGCUUCGUUGCCGUGCUUGUUAUCAAGCCCUCCGUUUUUCACCUAAAAUCGAAGCAAUGGGGAAAUUAUUGGUGGAUCGAAUGAGGGCCCAUGGUCCUUAUAUUGCUCUACAUUUACGAUACGAGAAGGACAUGCUUGCAUUUAGUGGAUGCACACAUGAUUUAUCUUCUACUGAAGCAGAUGAGUUAAGGAUGAUUAGAGAAAAUACUUCAUAUUGGAAGGUAAAGGAGAUCGAUCCUUUGGAACAAAGAUCCAAAGGGUUCUGCCCAUUAACUCCAAAGGAGGUCGGAAUAUUUCUUAGUGCACUUGGCUACCCAUCAAAAACUCCUAUAUACAUUGCAGCUGGAGAGAUUUAUGGUGGUGAUUCACAUAUGUCUGCUCUUCAAGCCCGGUAUCCAUUACUGAUGAGCAAGGAGAAAUUAGCAUCUGUCGAGGAGCUUGAACCUUUUGUCAAUCAUGCAUCCCAAAUGGCUGCCCUUGACUACAUUGUGUCUAUUGAGAGUGACGUUUUUAUUCCUUCAUACUCUGGGAAUAUGGCAAGAGCAGUUGAAGGUCACCGGCGAUUUCUUGGACAUAGGAAAACGAUAUCUCCUGACAGAAAAGGGCUUGUUCGUUUAUUCGACAAACUUGAUCAAGAAAAAAUGAAGGAAGGGAGAAAUUUGGCCAACCGAAUUAUUGAAAUGCACAAGAGAAGGCAAGGCUCCGCGAGGAAGAGAAAAGGUCCAAUUUCAGGAACCAAGGGCAUGGACAGGUUCCGGUCAGAAGAAGCUUUUUACGUAAACCCUUUGCCAGAUUGUUUAUGUCAAGGAGAAUUACCAAAUGGAAGUACGACUUCCAUUUUCAGAUAGUUCAGUAGAACAUCAAAGAUAAAAUGCUCUUAGAGAGCUCAAUGUAUAUGCAGGCGACCACUCAACGUGUCACCAGCUUUGUACAUCCAAUAAGCCAGCUACGAUGGAACGACGGAGUGUUUAUAACCUGAGUUUUGGUAGUUGGCGGAGGCGGUGAUGGUGGUAUAGAAGGAAGGUCGAGGGAUGGCAAACCCUUUACGCCAAGUAGUGGAAGGGAGUAGUUGGAGAUGAACACAUUUUGAGAAGUUUCCAAGAUCACUCCAUUUGGGGGAGAGGGGAUGUUGGUUAUUUAGCACAAUUGUUUUCAUGUUUUAGUAAUUUUAUCCAAUAAUGAGCGAGGCAUUGAAGCAAUUAAAUUUAUUUUUAAUGAUUUUUUCACCCUUCCAUAGGCUUUUUCUUUUUUCUUUUCCUUUUAGUUUGCAAACUUUAGCUCCUUUUAUCGGCUGUCGAACUCAUUUUUGAAGUUAUUGAAUGAAACACAGUUUGGGCUGUGUCA